AUGUCUGUACACCCAUCGACCUCAGAUCCCUCGUCUUCACCCGCGAUCGAGAACUUCCAACACGAACCGCUCCCAGACCCCGCCACCCACAUCAGGCUGCUCGAGAUCACCAGCGUCGACGAGAUACGCGAUCUCCCCGUCCACUGCAAGCUCACGACAUGGCCAGUCGAAACAGCGCCACUGUACACGGCCAUCUCAUACACCUGGGGAGACCCACGCCAGCUCACGUCUGUGCUUGUCAAUGGCAGGCCUAUGGAGGUGCGCUGCAACUGCGAGUACGUCCUGAAGCAGGCGUGGUGGCGAAAGGGCAACGUUUACGUCUGGGUCGAUGCUAUAUGCAUUAACCAGGCCGACAACGACGAGAAGAGCUCCCAGGUUGCUAUGAUGGGUGCCGUAAACAACUUUGGUGGCGACGAUUCCGUUACAAUUCCUGGGAUGUCAGCAAUUUCCGGGCUCGAAGCUGGCAACUGUUAA